AUGUCCUUUCUUCAUACCCACUCAAGCGAGUGUAUAAAGUGCGAACUCGAUUUCUUCUCUCUACCACCUACGCAAACCAGCAUCGAGAGUUCGCAAUGGAUUUAUUACAAACCCGUAACUUCGCUCACGGACGACUCACCCGUAGAAUUCGUCAUACCCGGCCAUGGAGAAGACUAUCUAGAUCUCACUCACACCAUGUUAAGCCUUCGCAUACGCGUAGAAAGCGAACGUGGGGAGAGUACAUCGGUCAUAGCCGCCGACGUGGCCAAAGUAGGACCCGUAAAUCAUUUACUGCAUUCCAUGUUCAACCAAAUCGACGUAUAUUUCAAUCAAAAACUCUUGUCGCCUCCAAACAACGUUUACGCUUACCGUGCGUACAUCGAAGCGUUAUUAAUCGGUUAA